GACUAGCAUGAUCCUGGUGCGGUCUGGACAAGAGGGUGCAUGGGUGAAACAUGGCCGCCGUACACCCUCCGGAGUCUCCCAAACGACAGAAAUACCCUGUGGAUGAUGUCGAAACCUCCGAGCAGAAGACGGAGGCGGUUGAUUCGGCGGACGGCGUGAUUCAGAGAGACGAAACAACAUGUAAUAAAAGCGCAGAGAUCCCCGGCGAUGAGCCGAGAGCUAGUGUAGGCAACGAUGGCGGGUGUAUUGCCAGCCAUUCUGAGGUUAGUGUGGAGUCCAGUGCUGGAACCGACAAAACGACAUGUAAUUCAUCGCAGGAGCAAGCGUCGCCUGAAAAAAUGGCCGAGGUGUCUGGCAGCGAGCAGCGGGCUUUCGACUGGUCUGAAGCUGAAGACGACGGUGACGAGGCGAAAUUACAACAAGCGGAAAAUACUGAGUGUGAUGUCGCAGAGAAUGUGGAUAAAGUGCAGCAGGGUGCACAAGCUGAUGAUAACGUAACUGCUGAUGCAGAGGAUGUGCAUGAGGUGGAAAACUCUCUGAGGCGCACAGAGAGUGAGCAGGCCAAUGAGCCUGUGGGAGAAGCCAACAAGGCAGAGGAUGUGGCUGAGGAAGAUGAGGAGGCAGAGAAACCAGAGGAUGCUGAUUUGGCUGCUAAGCAAAAAAAAUGCCGUUUGAUUUGCAAGGAAUGCGGGAAGAGGUUCACCCGCCGUGAGACAUUCAACCUUCACCGCCACUUUCAUGCACACGAGGACGAGCUCACGCCACUUACAUGUAAAGAAUGUGGCCUUACCUUUCAGCACCGCAGCAGCCUCAUUAAACACAGAAAUGAACAUAAACAGAAGGAGGAGGAGCUUGUUGUACCAAAGAAGGAGGUGCAAACAAAAGAGGAAGGGAGUUUCGAAUGUGCAGAAUGUGGGAGGAUCUUCUCUACAGUGGUUAAGCUGAGGGACCACAACUGCAGUAGUACAGUUGAUAAGCCUUACCACUGCCCCCUGUGCCGUCAAGACUUCCAGUUCAAAUUUUCUGUUACAAGGCACAUGGUGACUCACUCCCAGGAGAGGAUGUUUACAUGCCAAGAAUGCGAUCAUAAAUUUCCAGACGCCACGACCCUGCGCUAUCACCAGCGCUGUCAUAGUGCCCUCAAACCCUUUGAAUGCCCAGAGUGUGGUAUGGUUUUCAAACAUUUCUCCGUCAUGGAAGACCACCGUCGCAAACACGCAGACAACACCCGUUUGCACCUGUGCACCAUCUGUGGUAAGACCUUCAAGUACGGCAGUCUGCUCCAUCAGCAUCAGUAUCUUCACACAGGCCAGAAGCCCUUCCGCUGUCCUGAGUGCGGUAAAAACUUUGCCUUUGCCCAGAACAUGAAGGCACAUUGUCGCCAGCAUAGACUGCGCAAAACUGACUCUUCCAACUCCUCUGACUCCAGUGAGCAGCAGCCCUGCAAACAGGCCCUUCCACCGACACAAGACACAGUUAAAGGGCUUGGAAAAGAAAAUUCUCAUCAGAGUGAGGAACUGAAACGCACAUUCAAAUGCCCCCUUUGUCCGCAGACUUGCAGUGCACCAGCUAACCUGAGAACCCACAUGGUCUUUCAUGAGGCUGAGUACGAGACACUCAAAUCCCCAAAGGAGAAUAACAAGCACUGGGGAAAAUGUCCACACUGUCCGUGUGUUUAUCGUGAUUAUACCAGUUUAAAAUUACAUAUUUUCAGUUUCCACAAGUCUGUAGCGCAAGAUUUAGAAAAGAUGGCAACGUCACCACCCAACAAACAAGUUAAUCUGUCAAGCAGUGAUGAUGUACAGGGGAAGGGUAGAAGUGAUGGCAUAAGUAGUAAGUCUUAUAAGUGUUCUGAGUGUGGAAAGAUGUUCCGCCAUCGAUCAGUGUUAGAGCUGCAUAUGCGUAUACAUUCCAAGGAUAAGCCUUAUCAAUGCAAAGUGUGUGGUAAGGGCUUUAGAUUCAGUAGCUAUUUGCAGCAGCAUCUCAUUAUUCAUACAGGCAAGAAGCCAUAUAAAUGUCCAGACUGUGGGAAGGACUUUGCCUUCCUGCAGAACAUGAGAACACACCAAAAGCUUCAUCAGGAGAAACCAUUCCGCUGCACCAGCUGCCGCAAAGGCUACAGCGAUGAGACCCAAUUACAGCAGCAUAUGGUAUCACACUAUGGUGACAAACCUCAUAAGUGUGAUCUGUGCGACAAGAGCUUUGGAUUGGCUUAUCUGCUCCGAGAUCACAUGAACACACACACAGGAGAGAGACCUCAUCGUUGUGAUGAGUGUGACAAAACCUUUUCCUGGUUUAGCAGCCUGCUAGUGCAUCAGAAAAUUCAUGCUCGGAAGCGCCAAAGUUUCAGUCAGAAUAGUUCUUUCCCACUUAGUUCCAGGAUGAGAGGCAGCAGCAGUGGGAAGAGAGAGGAUAGACUUGUGUGGAGCUCAUCUAGACCAUUAGGAGGCUCAGUGAUGGGUAACUCUGAGUCAAGUCCAUUUCCAGAUUCUGCACUAAGAGACUCUGAGGUGCAUAGUAAGGCAGUGCAGCCACAGUCUUCCAUGGUCUCACCACACAUGGAUUUACAAAGCAAACAGCAGAAGGAGCAGUCUAUGUCCGACCUAAACCCUCAACCAGUGCAGUGGAAGGUGGACGCUGGAAAAGUAAUGCCCAUCCCAUCGUCACAGCACCAACAUGCAACGCAACAGCAGGCACGGUUUGACAGCUCGCUUCAGCAAGGCUUACAGCAGCACCAUCAGAGAAGUCCAGGCUGGGCAGAUAUCCCUUUAAUAACUCAGUCAGGCUCCAUAUCUGCUCAAAGCUCUGAGCCCUCACACUUAAAAGAGAAUGCGACUUCAACUGUCGGCUCCCACCCAACAUUUACGCCAAACAAAUCCAGCCCAUUAGCGGUUAGUGAGGUGGAGCUGCACAGGCAGCCGCAGCCCAAGUCUAUUACUUUGAGCAGCACACCCAUGUCCAUAGCGGUAGCUUCCUCGAGCUCUCUGCAACAUGAUUUUUCUGUACCCUCCUACAUUGAUGGAGCAGCUCUGUGGAGCAUCAGACCGCUAGCAAAUUCUCAAAGCUCUCCAAACAAGAUUGGUCAGGAGCUCCAGUUGUCAAGAUGGCAAAACACCCUAGUUUCAACACAAAAGGAGCCAUCAACACCUCUUAAAAAUGAGGACAAGGGUACAUCAGACAUCACUAAUUCUCAAGUAAUGCCAUUGACUGUUAGCCAGCCAGAGAGGCAGUGGUCCUCAGGCUUAGCAGGUGCUUCCACCUCAGCUCAAGUAGACCAAAGCAGUGCUAUACCAAUUUCAACUCCUGUCUCUCUUGGGAUUGGUAGCACCGUGUGGGACCUUCAAGCUCUGCCAGGAAUUCCAAAGACUAUACAACCCCCUCAGAAAUUAGUAAAUAACCAAGAUAUCCAAGUGUCAUCUGGCUGGCCCACUGUACAGUGUACGGCACAGAAGGUUCCAAUCUCCACUGCAUAUGAGGCUCACCGUUUUGGCCAGGGAAUUGGAACAACAGUGUGGAGCUUCCAAAGUAACACUGUGGGCCCUCAAACACUGCUCACUGGACAACUCAAACCAGGGAAAGGACAGGAGCUACAACAACAGCCUAUUGUAACAGGCACUCAACUCAUAAUAAAUCAGCCUUCUCCUUUCUUUGCACCUACACUUGCUGCACUCCCUCCUCUUGCUUUGCCUGGCCCACACCCCCUUCACUCUGUUGCAGUUGGUGCUCUUCCAAGACCUUCACACCCAAAUAUUUUUUUCACACCACAGGCAGUCAUGAGUGAGAGGCCACACCUGACACAGACCCUUCCCAUAUCUCAGCUUGCCCCACGAACAGAACCUCCUAAACUUGGAACCCGUUUGCCUUUUGCCCCUGACCGACUUCUCCAGUGCAUGAUAUGUGGACGUUCUUUUCCCCGAGAGCUGGAACUACAAAUGCAUUACUUGCAACAUGCACAAGGAGAAAUUUGAAAUUUCUACAAUAACAUCACAACAUCACACAACAUCUUUUGUUUCUUUUCAUAUAUAAAUAUAUAUACUUUUUAAUUAAAUUUUUGACCCUUGGUUGUGCAGUUUGACCAGUUGAAUAAAUGGGCAUUAGAAAAAGUGCAACUUGGUUUCAGUCUUCACACUUGAUGCACUUUUUUUUAUUCAGCUCCACAUUAGACUGCACAGAGAGAUGUUCGAAAGAGGGGAAUACACAUGCUAUCUUACAAUUUAACCAAAUAUUUGCAUAGUUUUAAUACAUGCUGAGCGUGGAAAUGAAUGAGGUUCUGUAAUCUACAUUUCAUUUAUUGCCAAUGACAUUUAGGUUUAUAUAAUAGUACUUUUAUAGUUCUUUUCAUACGUCCUGAACCAUUUAAACUGUGUUUCUUCAUGUACAGUAUACUCUGUGUGCCUUUUAUAAGUACAGUCUGCAUGUCUGCUGUCUUGGUAUUUAGGCCUAGUUUGUGCUUAAGGUAGACUCAACAAUGUGACCUCAUGUCCAGAACACAGAGCAACGUCUAAGAUACUAAGAUGUUGUAAAGAAAGGAACGUUUUGGGGUCAGAGAGGGGUUUUGUGCUCAAUUAUUAAAUGUGUGCAAAUAUACAAUGAAAGGCUGACUGCACACAGUAUACACACACACACAGUAUAUUACUGCUAGGAAGCACAUGUGUUCACAGGGGCACAGACUGGGUCCAAACAUAAUUGUAAGUAAAGGUUCUCAUUGUGAUGGAGAAAAGGGUUAUACUUGAGCUCAUGUAACAGUAAGCAUUUUCUGAACAGGAAGGGAGAAAUAAGCCUCAUUACACUAACUGUUUCUGACACUUAUCAAAGAGUGAAUUUUGUAUUAAAUGAAAUUUGGAUUUAUGUGAUUUGUCAUGAUUUUUACAAUGGUAAGACAGAAAAAUAAUUGGUGGGGUCGGUCAUAUUCACAUAGUUUUUUGGCAAGUUGUCAUUUAGAUUUUAAACUGGUUUUGCUUGACAGUGUUUAGCAUCAACUGUAAAUUAUUGAGUACCAUGUAAUAUGUACCUGUUACCAGAUUUACCAUUUCUAUUUGGUAAUGUAUCCAUAUUCAUUAAAAAAAAGGUCAGCUGUUGAGAACAAUGUAUUAUUUGUGAAUAAUGGAUGCUAUCCUUACACAACUGUAGAUUUAGAUCAGCACAGAAUUCCAUAUCCUCAUUUAAAAACUUGAUAUUUGCAUAGCUUUGGGUGCCCUAAAAGUGACUGUAAAUCGUCAUUACUACUGUAAAAUAAACACAUGGUCCGUUUGUUGAAAAAAAACAAAAAAACAACAACACUUUCUGUGCGUUUUUAACAUUCAGAGUCUUAAGAUAUAAUAUGAGCCCUUCUACCUCUAGCUACUGUUUUAGCAUGGAAAGAAAUUUACCAUGAUGUCUACAUAUUGGAUUCAAUAAAACUUGCCUUUGAUUAUGAAA